GGAUACAGAGGAUUGGUUCAAAACAGAGAGGUCAAUUAGAGGGAUGCCUUCAUCUUCAAUUCUCACGAGUUUAGGCCUGUGUUCAGGAUCUUGAAAGAAAGCUGGGUCUACCUCUACCAUGGCUGGGAAAUUUCAGGGCUUUACCUCGUAGCUUGACACUAAUCAGCGGCAGAGAAAAUAUGGCUUUUAUAAACACAUUCUAUCAGUUCAUCAGUGAUGUAGCUUAUCAUUUAUCUCAAAUAUUUCCAGUCAAUCACAGAUCCAUAGACCUUGUUUCCAUCUUUGAAAUCAGUUGGUGAAGAAAUUCGAUUCAAGUUUUACUUCCUCUCUGUUGUGCAGAAAACUUAAUAGGUGAUUACUUAUUCUACUAAAACGUGUAGUCCCUGUAAUGGUACAUGGGAGGCGGAAGCAAACUUGUUUUUCUCUUUGUAACAUCAUUUCCACCACGCAUUAUCUUUUUUUUUUUUCUUUUUCUUGAAGAAGUUACAAAGCACUGCCAUAAGAAAAGAACAGUAAAUUUAUAAAAGUUCCCCUGUCAAUUGCUUGCGUGCGAUUCAAAUUAUUGUAAUUCAGCUUGACGCGUACGAAUCCUUGACAUUCUGUAUAAAACUUGUAGAUUAUUUCCUACCAAAGAAUAGAUGUACCUAAAUAUAGGAGGAGUAUAUCACUGUGUUUUUAUAUCAUAAUUAACAAUAAAUGAAUACAACAAAAGUGUUAGUACCAAUCGAAUUCGGACUGUAAAUUUUCAUUAACCAAAUUCAAAGUUUUGUACUAUCUAGCUAAGAAUGUCCAGGUUCAAUGAAUCUCCAUCAUUUACCAGGCUAUAUAGAAGCUGAAUGACACCCCGUAAAAAAAAAAAAAAUUAAGUCAGUUCUCUCCGCCAUUAAUCAUUGCCACAGCAAUAAGCUGAAGCUCUGAAAUAUCUUUCUCACCUCAGCCAUGGGAGAAGUAGACCCAGCUUUCUUCCAAGCUCCAGAACACAGGCCUAAGCCCACAAAAACUGAAGCUGAAGGCAUCCCUUUGAUUGACCUCUCUGUUUUGAACCAAUCCUCUGUUUCCGAGGAUGACUUGGCUCGACUAAUAUCUGAGAUAACCGAUGCAUCCCAGAAAUGGGGCUUUUUCCAAGUGAUCAAUCAUGGAGUUCCAUCCGAAUAUCGAGAGCGAAUCGAAGCGGCGUCAAGAAAGUUUUUUGGUUUGCCAAAAGAUGAGAGGAAGAAGGUGAACAGAGAUGAAGUUAACCCUAUGGGAUACUAUGAUACAGAGCACACCAAAAACGUCAGAGAUUGGAAAGAAGUGUUCGAUUUCGCUGCGGAGAAUCCGGCGAUUAUUCCAGUUUCAGAUCAUCCCGAUGACCAAGAUGUUAGAUUGCUGAUCAAUCAAUGGCCCGAAAAUCCUCCUGAUUUCAGGUUAAUUGACAUCUAUUUCUGUACUUGCCAAAUUUGGACCAAACUCAAUUGCCCAUUACAGUUAUGCUUAAUUCAAUGUCUAUUUGUUUUGUUCAGGAAAGUCUGUGAAGAUUAUACUCAAGAAAUGUUGAAAUUGUCCUUCAAGUUAUUGGGGCUCAUAGCUUUAAGCCUAGGCGUGCCAAAGGACAGAUUUGAUGGGUAUUUUAAGGAUCAAACCAGCUUUAUCAGGCUAAAUCACUAUCCUCCCUGCCCUGCUCCAGAUUUAGCCCUUGGGGUUGGUAGGCAUAAGGAUGCUGGUGCAUUAACCAUUCUUGCUCAAGAUGAUGUUGGUGGACUUCAGGUCAAGAGGAAAUCUGAUGGUGAAUGGAUCCUUGUCAAACCAACUCCAAAUGCUUUCAUCAUUAACGUUGGUGACAUUGUUCAGGUAUGGAGCAAUGAUAAAUAUGAGAGUGUGGAGCAUAGGGUGAUGGUGAAUUCUGAAAGGGAAAGAUUCUCCAUUCCGUUCUUUUUCAAUCCGGCCCACUACACUUGGAUUGCGCCAUUGGAGGAGUUGAUCAACGAGCGAAAUCCUCCCAAGUAUGAGGCCUAUAACUGGGGGAAGUUUUUCUCGGCUCGAAAGCGCAGUAAUUUCAUGAAACUUGGGGCGGAAAACAUACAAAUUUAUCAUUUCAAGAGGAAUAACUGAAGGAUGUUUCUGAAAGACGUAUUAGUAUUGCAGUUGUUACUCCGUUUUGUGUUUGUAAAUGUAAGAAAGUCUAAUAAAAGUAACAGAACAGUGAUCAAAUGUUUCUUAUGAUUCUAUAUUGCAUUGUGUUCCGCCAGAUUUUAAUUAUUCAACAAUAGUAAUUAUGUGUCUCUGUGAUAUCAUAUAGUACUUGACAGUAACUGAUACAUCUGCAUCAAUCAAGAACAAAGUUUGAUGAGUUGCUCUCGGAAGAGAAGUAGGACCUAAACUAUUAGGUCGACAUGUAUUAUAGGCUAAAUUAUGCAAAUCUCUUAUCUCGUCUAGUCUUAUACUUAUUUUAAGGCAGAAAUCGGAACCGUACUAUUUAUAAGACACAAAUUAGAACUAAAAGAAUGUGAAACACUAUUGUUGCAGCAAACGCCAUAAAAAAAAAGGUGCUAAUCCACAGAAAAUGCAGAUUGGUUUUGUACACUCUUCCCCAUCAAUCAAUUGAAAACGGCAAAAUCCAUGAACCAAGAGCAGUUUCAAGAAACUAGACUGCAAAAGCUAUGAACCUCAACUGAAAUUUUACAAAAUUUUAUCCAAGAAAUUGACGUUUUCACUAUCCAAGAACAUUUAAGACCAACCGAGAAGCCCAAGAGAAAUUCAAAGAAGGAGAGAAAAACUCAUUUACAACUUCUAAUAUGCUACAAAGGGAUUCUUAAAAACAAGAAGGAAACCAAAAAAUAAAAAGUAAAAAUUGAAUCUUUUAAGGAAGAAUGCCGACGUAUGGAGCAGGAACCAUGUAACCUGGAGUAGGCAAGAGACGCUGUGGAGUGAAAUCAUGGACAACUGAACUCACAGCUUCUAUGAACACCAUCACGAAUUCCACCACCAGUUUCAGCAGUACUAUGCAUAAUUCAACUCUCUGAAUCACCAUCUUUUCCUCAAGUCUUCUUCCUGGUAACAAAAAAAAAAUGUCGGCUGCUGAUUGAAGUAUUUAUAGUUUUCAGUUUGGGAUGUUGGGAAAAAAAAAGAAAAAAGUAUGGCUUUUGGGGAAUUUAAAAGACGGAAUUAUCUUCUUCUUCUUCUUCGACCUUCUUCCUGUUCAUCGACUCUAUCUUUCUUUCUUUCUCUCUCAAAUAAUAUCUCGUGAUUUAUCCAAUGUGAUUUGAGUGAGUCAAUGACAAUACAUUAUUGUUUAGGACGCCAAACAUUUUUUAAGGGACUCAAAAUUAUCAACUUGAUCAUCAAUAAUUGAUGUUUCUGUUUGGUUAUAGUUUAAUAAGUUGAUAGAGUUUUCGAAAAUUGGACGGGCGUCCUACAUUUUGAGCACGACAUAAUU